GGAUCGGGGAGAGUUCCUAGGAGAGGCCGAAGCUUCUUGGACAGUGCUAGAGUAUCGGAGCAGAAAGAAGGCUGGAGGGCGGCGGGAAGGGCGACCCCGGAGAUUUGACGGGGUGGAGGUCGGCGAGCUCUCCAGCACAGAGCUGUCAGGAUUUGGGGGUGAAUCUAAAGGUAGAUAUUGUAGUAAGUUUAGAAUCCGCCGACAGGUAUGUUGAUAAUGGGUUGACGAACGGGACUUUGGUAUUUUUGAAUUGGAAUUGGAAACCUUUGGAGUCGGUGUGUGGAUAAAGCCAGAGAGAAUGCUUGCCAGGAACUAGAAGUCGGUUGGUGAUAGUUUUCUGGGAUUUUAAGAGUUGGUCAGUGGAAGUGGCAAUCGGGAAAAGAAAAGCACUGUGGGUGUGAUGGGGGGGGGUGCUAAAACCUAAGUGAUAAUGGCCCAUGUCCAGUUAGCGUUGGGAAAAAGUUAAUAAGUUAUGUAUGUAUGGUGUUAGCUAGACAGUCUAGGAAGACAUCCCAGGAAGAGUUUACUAUUUUGUAGGAUCAGUGGGGAAAUGCUUCAAGAAGGAAUGAAUAGGCUUGACAGCUGGUCCACUGAUACUGGCUGGAGUCAGUAUGGCAGUGUUGCUGAGGAUUAGACACCAUUCCAGUCUUGGGUGAAGGAGAAAUGACAGCAGACAAGCAGUGGCCAGGAUUUCUGUUAGUUCCUAUUUUAGGACGAGAUGCAAUACUGUUGAAACACCACCCUGCUUUGGUUCAGACAGUUGGCUUUUCAGCUAGGACACCAUUUCUUCUUCCUUUUUUCUUUUUUUUACUGACUUACUGAACUUAUGAAACCAUGGCAGAAGGAGAGACAAAGUCACCUGGACCCAAAAAGUGUGGUCCCUAUAUCUCAUCUGUGACUAGCCAGAGUGUGAACUUGAUGAUUCGAGGAGUAGUCCUCUUUUUUAUUGGUGUAUUUCUUGCAUUAGUGUUAAAUUUGCUUCAGAUUCAGAGAAACGUGACGCUCUUUCCACCGGAUGUGAUUGCAAGCAUCUUUUCUUCGGCAUGGUGGGUACCACCGUGCUGUGGCACAGCUUCAGCUGUGAUUGGGUUAUUAUACCCCUGCAUUGACAGGCAUCUAGGAGAACCACAUAAAUUUAAAAGAGAAUGGUCCAGUGUAAUGCGGUGCGUAGCCGUCUUUGUUGGUAUAAAUCACGCCAGCGCUAAAGUGGAUUUUGAUAACAACAUACAGUUGUCUCUCACACUGGCUGCACUCUCCAUUGGACUGUGGUGGACUUUUGAUAGAUCUAGAAGUGGUUUUGGCCUUGGAGUAGGAAUUGCUUUCUUGGCAACCUUGGUCACUCAGCUGCUAGUCUAUAAUGGUGUUUAUCAAUAUACAUCUCCAGAUUUUCUCUAUGUUCGUUCUUGGUUACCCUGUAUAUUUUUUGCUGGAGGCAUAACAAUGGGAAACAUUGGUCGACAACUAGCAAUGUAUGAAUGUAAAGUUAUCGCAGAAAAAUCUCAUCAAGAAUGAAGAAGGCAAAAAUAUAUCUUUUGUUCAGAAAAACAAGAUUAAAAAGGGCAUUUAAAUGAUAGCUAUACCAACAAAACUUUGGACUGUAAAAUUGCCAGGAUGCAGUUUUUCCCUUGAUUGGUGUGUGUGUGUGUGUGUGUGUGUGUGUGUGUGUAUACACACACAUACAUAUAUUAGUGCAAUCUGUGAUUGCUUCAUCUGUAAAUCAAGUACAAACCUGUAUGUAUUUGACUUAACUGUAAAAUAUAUAUGCACUACUUUAAAAAAAUGUUGAUUAAUAGAUUAAAUUUUUAAAUUAAUUUUUUAAACAUACUGUAUAUUGUAUCACAAUGUUGAUGUGCCAAAAUAUUCUGUUAUCAUCAUGCAGAGUAUAAGAAUGCUUUGAACAAUUUAUAAACUUAGUGAAAUAAAAUAUGAGGAAAGCCAAAAAAAAAGAAAAUGGAAAGCUGGUAUAUUCUCUUUCGCUUACAGUUGUGCCUUUUUAUUUUUCUAAUUAUAGCAGUCAGUUCUGGGUACCCUAAUAUGUGGUUAGUGUCUAUUUUAAUGUUGUCUCAGAUAGCUUUGGGUGUUUUAAUAUAUGAUGAAAAAGAACUUCCAUGAAACAUUUCAAACUUGCAUUAAUGGAGAGAGUCCAAAGAGUAAUUUUUUGUUUUAACAAAUUUUACUAGAAGUAAAAAUGACGAGCAGGAGAGUUUAUCAGCCUGAAAUUGUUUUGAGUCUAAAUCCAGAAGAAUAUGUAUCAUUAAAAGUAAAGGCCUUUGGGAGUUCCCGUGGUGAUGCAGCAGAAAUGAAUCCAACUAGGAACGAGUCUGACUAGGUUGAAGGUUUGAAUUCUAGUCUUGCUCAGUGGGUUAAGGAUCCCGCGUUGCCGUGAGCUGUGGUGUAGUGGGUUAAGGAUCCCGCGUUGCCGUGAGCUGUGGUGUAGGUUGCAGAUGCGGCUCGGAUCCUGUGUUGCUGUGAUUGUGACCUAGGCCGGUGGCUACAGCUCCAAUUAGACCCCUAUCCUGGAAACCUCCAUAUGCUGCAGGGGAGGCCCUAAAAAGACAGUAAAUAAAUAAAUAAAUAAAUAAAUAAUAAAUAAAUAAAUAAAUAAAAAUAAAAAAAAUUAAGGGCCUUUGAAAAGUGUAACUAGAAUAAAUAUGUUUUGGGAAUACAAAAUAACCUUCUGCAGUACCACAAAGUAUUAAGUGAUUAACUGUCAUUUGCAACACAGUAUUCCACUGCGUUUGUACAUAGAACACAUAGAAGAAAACCCAAACAGGUAAAAAUGAAAAUUCUGACUCUCUUGUGUUCUUUAGUCUACUGAGUUCAAUAAAGUAAACAAACCACUUGAGCUGGGCUGCAUCCUAUGACUGAUUGUCAGUAGCUUGCCAUCUGGGGAAUGGAUGAGCCUGUAACUCCUUGUGUAUUCACAUGCCCAUUAGUGAAUAGUUAAGAAUAUAUUGUUUAAGAGUGACUGAGAGGGCAUAUUUGUACAUGUUAAAGAUCUUGAUAACAGUUUUGUGCAUAUCUUUCCAAAAGCUAGAGCCCUUUAAGAAUGAUUUAAACAUAUUCUUAUUUAACUUUUUCCCCCAAUUUUUAUUUUUGAAAUUGAUGGCAGCUGUCUGAUACACAAGGAUGAAAAUUUCUGCUUACCCUGGAAGAGUGUAUGUACGUGUAUGUGUAUGUGUGUGUGCAUAUGUGUGUGUAUGUUUGUGUGCUCAUGCUUUCUUAAAAUGUCAAGUAGAUAAUUGUUGAUUUUAAAACCAUUGCUGUCAGACUGAGAUCUUGUAUGCCAAACUUUAAACUGCUUGUAUGUUUUAAGGCUGAAAAUGUGAAAAUCCUAAAAGGAUUUCAUAUUGAAUAUAUGUACACAGUCUUAACUAUAGUGGUGGUAAACAUACUACUAUAAUUUAUUAUUCUAUCUUCCAGAUAAUGUUAGAACAAAUAAGGUAUAUUUUUAGAAUCAACUUUGUAAGCACUGUAAAUCUUUAAUAAGUUAUAAGGUCUAUGAUGUGUUUACUUUGAAAAUUGCUGUUUAAAGCAAGAUGUAUUAAAUAUAUAAUUAUCAUCUU